AUGCACAAGGAGCUGGUAAUCCCCUCAGCUCACCCUGUGUUCUCUGUCGCUGCAGAGCCUACAGUCCAACCUGAGAUUGACAUCAGUUCGGUGGAAGGCCGCAAUGCUACCGUUCGCUGGCGACUGCCUCCCAACAGUGGCGUUAAUGCUGCCACGGCCAGUGGCUUUUUAGUGCGGCUCUUCGGGCCGCCACCCGACAGUGAGAAACUGCUAGAGGAGACCACCCUGCUCAAUGUGCUCUCCACCAAGUUCCACAAGCUGGAGUAUCAGCAGGACUACACCGUGGUGGUGCGUCUCAUCAACUGUGGCAGCCUUGGGCCACCCUCCAAACCCUACCACUUUCGCAUCAACAGCCAGGGACCAUCAUCCCCUCGCAACGUCCAGGCUCUGCCUCUGUCAGUGUCAGCCAUCCAGGUGAGGUGGCAGCCCCCCGAGGAUCCCAAUGGAGGCAUCAUUAAAUACAUCAUAGAGUACCAGCCGGUCGGCCAGGGGAGCCCUCACCCUUGGGUGGACACGGACGACGGGAACAAGACCACCAAAGAUGUCACGGCGCUCAAUGGCAGCACGCUUUACCAGUUCAGAGUGAGGGCGUUCUCCAAAGUGCCCGGAGAGUGGAGCAAGUUUGCUCAGGCAAUGACACAGGGGGACGGCCUUCAGAGCUUAACCCCGACCACCCAGGGUGUGACUGGGAGGCCUGCUGUGGACAGUUACCAGCUGCUGGUGGCCGUGGUGGGCUCGGUGACUGUCACCUGUGUGACUAUACUGUUGGCACUGCUGGCUCUGUUCUUCAUCAGGAAGACGCUGCUCAAUCGUCGCCGCACCUUUACUUACCAGUCUGGAUCGGGCGAAGAAACUAUUCUGCAGUUUAACUCAGGAACUCUGACUCUGACACGAAGGCCUAAACCCACACCAGAGCCCCUCACCUAUCCAAUCCUCGAAUGGGAAGACAUAAAGUUUGAAGAUGUCAUCGGAGAGGGCAACUUUGGCCAGGUCAUCAAAGCCAUGAUCAAGAAGGAUGGCAACAAAAUGAGCGCAGCCAUCAAGAUGCUUAAAGAGUUCGCCUCGGAGAAUGACCACAGAGACUUUGCAGGGGAGCUGGAGGUGCUGUGUAAACUAGGCCAGCAUCCCAACAUCAUCAACCUCAUCGGAGCAUGCGAGAACAGAGGUUACCUGUACAUAGCCAUAGAAUAUGCUCCCUAUGGCAACCUGCUCGACUUCCUGAGGAAGAGUCGUGUAUUGGAGACCGACCCUGCCUUUGCAAAAGAGCAUGGUACUGCGUCCACCCUCACCUCCCAGCAGCUCCUGCAGUUUUCUGUGGACGUGGCGACUGGGAUGCAUUACCUCAGCGACAAACAGUUCAUCCACAGGGAUUUGGCAGCGAGGAAUGUUCUUGUCGGGGACAACCUUGUAGCGAAGAUAGCAGACUUCGGUCUGUCCCGCGGUGAGGAAGUUUAUGUUAAGAAGACAAUGGGGAGGCUGCCGGUUCGCUGGAUGGCCAUCGAGUCCCUGAACUACAGCGUGUAUACAUCCAAGAGUGACGUAUGGUCUUUCGGUGUUCUCCUCUGGGAAAUUGUAAGCUUAGGUGGCACACCAUACUGUGGGAUGACAUGUGCUGAGCUGUAUGAAAAACUGCCACAAGGCUUCAGGAUGGAGAAACCCAAAAACUGUGAUGAUGAAGUCUAUGAGUUAAUGAAGCAGUGCUGGAGGGACCGGCCCUACGAGAGACCCCCCUUCUCCCAAAUCUCCGUCCAACUCAACAGGAUGCAGGAAGCCAGGAAGGCUUAUGUGAACAUGGCUCUCUUUGAGAACUUCACCUAUGCUGGGAUCGAUGCCACAGCCGAGGAGGCCUGACUACCAGCCCCCCCAGACCCUAGCAUGCCACGUAGCUCCAAGAGGAAGUCGCGAGGGAAGUCACCCCGUUACUGCCACCUCCCUGCCACUCAACGUCAAGACAGGAGGAGUAGACGCUCCACCACAACCACCCAGUUAUAGGUGGAGGACUGUGAAAGGACACUGUUUGGGGGUAUCGCAGGCAUUAGAUGUGGAGUAUGGCCGGGCCUUCGAUGGAAAGAUGAAACUCCUUCAAACCUUUCUGGAAAUAUGGCCUCCUGUCACAAUCAAAUGAAAGAACUGUCUCAGAAAGAAAGACACAGCAUUGUACUUCUUGCUUCGACAAAGGUUACAAUGGUGGAUCUUUUUCUCUGAGCACUGAGAAAAAGUGACAAAUGUGGAGCUAUGUGACUUGCUGAAACACCACAGGGUCUGUGGGGUGUCAACGCUGGAAUUUUCUCUCCAUUGCUCUAAAUGGAGAAGAAAAUGUUUUUCAAAGGACACAGAAUGGAUCGCAUUCAAGUUCUCAAACAGUCUGAGAGUAAACCAAGACUAAUUCUGAUGUAGCACUUAAAGCAGCCUCAUUUGUGCCAUCUGUGUCUAUUACUAUUUGCCUAUCACUGCCACGUGAAUGUAACUACUACUGUAUGUAUUUUUGCCUCAUUUAAAAGAACAUAUAGCUGUAGCAAAGCCUCUUAUUCAAAUGUAGUCAGAGUUACAGACUGAUUUAAAUGCAACCCAGGUGGAUAUUCAUGUGUUGUAUAUGCAAAGUUACACCGCAAGAGUAGUUGUUUGGAAAAUGAAAUGAAAAACUAAUACAGAGCAGCCACUCUACCAGCUAUCAGCAUUAUACAUGACCUUUAACACUAUGCAACCUAAUACUAGCGGUAAUAUAUCCACCGUGUGAGAAUGUACAGUAUGUGUUCAUUACCUGGUUUGUUGAAUAAAGGUGUUGCGUGGUGACUGGUCUCAUCACCACAAGUAGUUCA